AUGGGUGGUAAAAGCUCAACUGAACAAAGACUGAGCGUUCUUGAAAAAAACACGGUUGACAUUGCCGUCACAGGGGUGUGGGGUGGUGGUAAAUCAUCCCUCAUCAACGCCCUGAGGGGUCUAUCAGAUUUUGAUGCGGGUGCAGCUGGUGUGACAGAAACUACAAUGGUGCCAAUGUGUUACCCGCACCCCACCUUUCCAUAUGUAAGAAUAUGGGACCUACCAGGAAUUGGAAUGCCUGGGUUUGUAGGAAAGGAAUACCUAGAAAUAGUCAAGAACAACCAGUAUGAUCUCUUCAUCAUUGUGGCUUGUAAUCGCUUCACCACCUAUGACAUCCAGCUGUCCCGUACAAUUCAGAAAAUGGGGAAGCGGUUCUACUACGUGUGGUCCAAGAUGGACAUGAGCAUUAAGAGUGAAAGACUGCAUCCAGACUUCAAUGAGGAAGCAAUCCUUCAAAAAGUCAGGAAAUACUGUUUUGAUAAUUUGGUGGAGGCUGGUAUUUCUUCUCCACAGAUUUUCCUCGUCUCCAGCUGGUAUCGGGAACACUACGACUUCCCCCUCCUGCAAAGGACCUUAGAGAAUGACAUUGAUCAACUUGGAAAGCGUAUCUUAAGACCAGAAGUGCUGCAGGACUCUGAAAAGAGAAACCACGACAGAUCGACUCAUCAAGGACCGAAUGUGUUGGAAAAAAACACAUUUGACAUUGCCAUCACAGGGGUGUCAGGUGCUGGGAAAUCAUCUCUUGUCAACGCCCUGAGAGGUCUGUCAGAUUUCGCAGAGGGUGCCGCCCAGCCUGAUGUGAUAGAAGGAACAAAAGAGCCGAUGGGCUAUCCGCACCCAACCUUUCGAAAUGUAACAAUAUGGGACCUACCAGGAAUUGGGACACCUAGGUUUAAAGCAGAGAAAUACCUAGAAGAGGUAAAUUACAACCGAUACGAUUUCUUCAUCAUUGUGGCUUCUAGUCGCUUCACUGUCUGUGACAUCCAGCUGUCCCACGCGGUUCAGGAAAUGGGGAAGCGGUUCUAUUACGUGCGCUCCAAGAUGGAUAACAGCAUUAAGAGUGAAAAAAUCAAACCGGACUUCAACGAGGAAGCCACCCUUCGGAAAAUCAGGAAAUACUGCCUUGAUAAUUUGGUGGAGGCUGGUGUUUCCUCGCCAGAGGUUUUCCUCAUCUCCAAUUGGUACUGGGAUAAGUACGAUUUCCCCCUUCUGCAAAGGACCCUAGAGAAUGAAAUGGAAGAAUUCGAGAGACAUGCCUCAGUGGCAGAAGAUGAGAGUCAUGAGAGGUCAACUGAACUAUCUCAAAGUACUGGAAUUUGCGCUUUCCUCUCAAAAGCAGCCUUAGCAUUAGACCUCACAAAGCUGAGGGAUACUGUCGCCCAAAAAUGCCUCGAGGAGGUGACAGCUGAGAUUCGUCGAGAAUUGGAUGCCUUAGAAAAUGUCAGGCUUAAUAUUGCAAUCACUGGGGCCGCAGGUACUGGUAAAUCAUCCUUCGUCAAUGCCCUGAGGGGCAUGACUGAUUAUGAAGAAGGUGCAGCCCGGCCUGGAGUGAUGCAGACAACUAUGGAUGCCCAUGGGUAUCCUCAUCCCUUAUUUCCCAAUGUAACUUUAUGGGAUCUACCAGGAAUUGGGACACCUGAAUUUACACCAGAGAAUUACCUAGAGAAGGUCAAUUUUAGCCAAUAUGAUUUCUUCAUACUAGUUUCCUCCGAACGCUUCACUGUGAACGAUGCCAUGCUGGCUGGAGAAAUUCAGAAAAGGGAGAGAAAGUUCUACUAUGUGCGUUCCAAAAUGGAUGCCAGUAUGGCUUCGGAAGCUAUGAACCCAGACUUCGAUAUGGACAAAACCAUUGAGAAUAUAAGGGACUAUUGCUGCAAGAAUUUGAUAAAGGCAGGAGAGACUUCUCCAAGGGUUUUUCUCAUCUCCAGGCGUGAUUUGAACAUGUAUGAUUUCCCACUCUUGCAAGAGGUUUUGGAAAAUGACCUGGAUGAUCUCAAGAAACAUGCUUUUGUUGCAUCUCUGCCCGUUUUCUCAAGAAAAAUCCUGACAAAGAAAAAGGCUGCUAUGGAGGACCUUAUAUGGAAAGUAGCCACUACAUCUUGUAGUAUUUCAAUGAUUCCUGUCCCAGGACUCUCUGUUGUUUGUGAUUCUAACAUCUUGGUGGCGACAAUGAAACUCUUCUAUAAGGUCUUUGGCUUGGAUGAGGAUUCCCUCCACAGAGUUGCAAAACUGGUUGGCAAAAAUUACGACGUACUGAAAUCUGCUAUCAAAAAAUCUCCACUAUCCAGCGAGAUCACUCCAGAAUUUGUCAACCGUCUUUUAGCCAAGUCAUGGCUGUGUUCAUCUGUGAUGACAAUACAAAUGGUCUUGAAUUUUAUACCUCUGUUGGGCUUUCUGGUUGGUGGAGCCAGUUCUUUUAUUACUACGUUCUACAUGCUGAAGAAUUUCCUGCGAGACAUAGUGGAAGAUGCGGAGACUGUCCGGGCAAAAGCCACUGAGCCUUGACCAUGAUGAUAUCAUCAAAUAAAGAUCCAAGGCACCAACUUGGAAGAUGAGUUCCAGGCACAAGAUGUAUGAAUUGUACACAGGACUACCGCUCAAGCAUGAGAAAGGAAGGUUUGAAUUUCUGGUUCAGUGUUUAUUUCCCCCCUUAAGAACAUAAGAAGAGCCUGCUAGAGG